GAGGGCUUCCUUCAGGGCUGCAGCAAGGCCUUCAGCGAGCGUCGGCCUCCGCGCAGACGCCUCCUGAGUGUCUUGCUCUGCUCCGGGACUCUUCUGGGAGGGAGAAGGUGGCCUUCUUGCGCGAGGUCAGAGAAUUGUCGCGCCGGUUCACAAGCGAUUGCUGAAACCCACAGAAGUUCAUGCGUAUAUGCUUAAGAACAGUUCUUAGGGGGGUUUUAGUUUUUUUGUGUUUCUUUCCGCACUGUGGAUCAAGAUCAAGAAAAUCUAGUGCCUUAUUUUGGAAGUCUGAGUUUUCCAAAUAUUGAGGGUUUUAUGUGUAAAAGCAACACGUGAAAAAAUAAUUUUCUUCAACCAGUGCUGUCUUCCAGUUUCCUCUUUGGGGGGAAGGGUAGUUACUGCGGUUCCUAAAAUAAAAUUACUUAUUGCUAAAGUUCCCCAACAGGAAGACCACUACUUUUGAUGACUUCGCAAGUUUACUAACUACUGGAACCGUAACUUUAUAAACGAACUACUUAUAUUUUUGAUUUUCAGUUGUAUUACCUGCCCCAUAUUUAGGUAGAAGCAGCUUGAUUUGAAUUCUGAGUAAGGUUGUUGCACUUAGUUAAAAAUACAUAUUUGAAGUGAGCAAGUGUGGGUCUGUGGACAGUAGUGAUUUUUCCUGUCAAUUCUUGUUGCUUCAGAUGAAAUGUACCAGACAGAAAUGGGUUUGUUUCGUUUUGAGAUGGAGUUUCGCUCUUGUCUCCCAGGCUGGAGUGCAGUGGUGCUAUCUUGGGUUCAGUCGAUUCUCCUGCCUCAGCCUCCCACGUUGCUGGGAUUACAAGCAUGCCCCACCAUGCCUGGCUAAUUUUUGUAUUUUCAGUAGAAACGGGAUUGCAUCAUGUUGGUCAGGCUGGUCUUGAACCCCUGAUCCUUACCUCAAGUGAUCCGCCCGCCUCGUCCUCCCAAAGUGCUAGGAAUACAGGUGUGAGCCACCACAGCCAGCCAGAAAUGGGUUGUGGAAAAAGCAGUAAACAAAAUCAGGAACUUGGAUUCAUAUGACAGCUCUGCUAUUAACUGUAAUGGGGGACAGACCAGUUAACCUACUCUUCUGUCUUCUGUGAGCUGAGUAUUAGAUAUCUGAUUCCCAAAGGCCUGUUGAACUCCGAAUGACUUUAAAUACCUCUUGAGUAGGUACAGGGUUUUGGUAACUGAUGCUAGGUGCUGAAUAAAUGAAAGUGCUGAAUGAAUGAAGCCGGUAAAAUAGGAGGAAGCCUGAUUGGUAAGGCAGGGGUAUACUUAAUAGCUCUCUAGUUUAUUGUUACUGAAGUGGUUAACUUUUGUUUUUUUUUUAAGGAAGGAAAAAGCAUUCUAAGAAUAACGAGGCAGAUUGCAUGUUGCACAAGAGACUGUUGUCUGUAUUCAACAAUAUCUUUUGAGUGUCCACAGUCUGCCAGGCGCUAUGCUAGGCCCUCACUGUUGGGUAGUGAACAAGACAAUGUCCCUGCACCCACGGAGCUUAUUGUCUGCUUGGAUAAACAGACAAUAAAGCAAACAAAUCUCUCUUCUCCCUCCUGCUCCAUUGAAAGGCAAAGAACAAGAGAAGACCUCAGAUGUCAAGUCUAUUAAAGCUUCAAUAGCCGUACAUUCCCCACAAAAAAGCACUAAAAAUCACGCCUUGCUGGAGGCUGCAGGACCAAGUCAUGUUGCAAUCAAUGCCAUUUCUGCCAACAUGGACUCCUUUUCAAGUAGCAGGACAGCCACACUUAAGAAGCAGCCAAGCCACAUGGAGGCCGCUCAUUUUGGUGACCUGGGCAGAUCUUGUCUGAACUACCAGACUCAAGAGACCAAAUCAAGCCUUUCUAAGACCCUAGAACAAGUCUUGCACGAUACUGUUGUCCUCCCUUAUUUCAUUCAAUUCAUGGAACUUCGGAGAAUGGAGCAUUUGGUGAAAUUUUGGUUAGAGGCUGAAAGUUUUCACUCAACUACUUGGUCGCGAAUAAGAGCACACAGUCUAAACACAGUGAAGCAGAGCUCACUGGCUGAGCCUGUCUCUCCAUCUAAAAAACACAAAACUACAGCAUCUUUUUUAACUGAUUCUCUUGACAAGAGAUUGGAGGAUUAUGGCUCAGCACAGUUGUUUAUGACUCAUUCAGAAGGAAUUGACCUGAAUAAUAGAACUAACUACACUCAGAAUCACUUGCUACUUUCCCAGGAAUGUGACAGUGCCCAUUCUCUCCAUCUUGAAAUGGCCAGAGCUCCUGCUCAUCAAGUUUCCAUGGAAACCCAAGAAUCUUCCUCCACACUUACAGUAGCCAGUAGAAAUAGUCCCGCUUCUCCACUAAAAGAAUUGUCAGGAAAACUAAUGAAAAGUAUAGAACAAGAUGCAGUGAAUACUUUUACCAAAUAUAUAUCUCCAGAUGCUGCUAAACCAAUACCAAUUACAGAAGCAAUGAGAAAUGACAUCAUAGCAAAGAUUUGUGGAGAAGAUGGACAGGUAGAUCCCAACUGUUUCGUUUUGGCACAGUCCAUAGUCUUUAGUGCAAUGGAACAAGAGCACUUUAGUGAGUUUCUGCGAAGUCACCAUUUCUGUAAAUACCAGAUUGAAGUGCUGACCAGUGGAACUGUUUACCUGGCUGACAUUCUCUUCUGUGAGUCAGCCCUCUUUUAUUUCUCUGAGUACAUGGAAAAAGAGGAUGCAGUGAAUAUCUUACAAUUCUGGUUGGCAGCAGAUAACUUCCAGUCUCAGCUUGCUGCCAAAAAGGGCCAAUACGAUGGACAGGAGGCACAGAAUGAUGCCAUGAUUUUAUAUGACAAGUACUUCUCCCUCCAAGCCACACACCCUCUUGGAUUUGAUGAUGUUGUACGAUUAGAAAUUGAAUCCAAUAUCUGCAGAGAAGGUGGGCCACUCCCCAACUGUUUCACAACUCCAUUACGUCAGGCCUGGACAACCAUGGAGAAGGUCUUUUUGCCUGGCUUUUUGUCCAGCAAUCUUUAUUAUAAAUAUUUGAAUGAUCUCAUCCAUUCGGUUCGAGGAGAUGAAUUUCUGGGCGGGAACGUGUCGCUGACUGCUCCUGGCUCUGUUGGCCCUCCUGAUGAGUCUCACCCAGGGGGUUCUGACAGCUCUGCAUCUCAGUCCAGCAUGAAAAAAGCCAGUAUUAAAAUACUGAAAAAUUUUGAUGAAGCGAUAAUAGUGGAUGCUGCAAGUCUGGAUCCAGAAUCUUUAUAUCAACGGACAUAUGCCGGGAAGAUGACAUUUGGAAGAGUCAGUGACUUGGGGCAAUUCAUUCGAGAAUCUGAGCCUGAACCUGAUGUAAAGAAAUCAAAAGGAUCCAUGUUCUCACAAGCUAUGAAGAAAUGGGUGCAAGGAAAUACUGAUGAGGCCCAGGAAGAGCUAGCUUGGAAGAUUGCUAAAAUGAUAGUCACUGACGUUAUGCAACAAGCACAGUAUGAUCAACCAUUAGAGAAGUCUACAAAGUUAUGACUCAAAACGAGAUAAAAGGAAAUCUGCUUUUGAAAAAUAAGAGAACUUUUUUCCCUUGGUUGGAUUCUUCAACACAGCCAAUGAAAACAGCACUGUAUUUCUUUUCACUGAUCUGUCACUGUUGUUUCCAGGAGAGAAUGGGAGACAAUUCUGGACGCUACCAUAAUGCAGUUACCUGUAGGCCUAAUUGAUGCACAUGACAUUCAUACAAUGAGAGUCUUAAAGAUACUAAAUGGUAUUGUUUACAUUACUAGAAAAUUAUUAGUUUUCCAAUGGCAAUAACCCAUUUAUGAGAGAGUUCCAGCCCACUGGAAUAGACAGGGACCACAUCCUGUGGGAGGCAGAGAAGCAAAGAACUGAUACUUGAUGUACACUUGUAGCAGUAACUCAUCCCUAAUAGCAUCGUAAAGCAGGUGCCAUAAGUGCUUUGCUUUGUCCUCCCAAAGCAGGUGAGUCAGCCCCACAAAGAGCCAGGCAGAUCUGAGUGGCAGCGUGGUGCUAGCAGCUUCAGUGGAACAGGGUGAGAGUUUAUUAUGCAGUCUUCCUUCACAGUGGCAUUAAUUUGGAAGAAAGUUGACAAGUCAUGGGUCAGGUUUCAGUGACUUCUUCCUCCCUUUGAUGGCAGUAUACAGUUUUCACAUUUUAAUUCUUCCUGAGAUGCAGUAUGCUUAAAACCAUUCUCUCCCCUGCUAACAGAAGGGUGAAUCUGGUUUACUCUGAGCAUUAGGAUUUGCGCCUCUGGAAUUCUACACUCCAGUUUCUUAACUUUCCCUUCAGAAUACAUGUGGAAAGAAAGAAUUAUAGUGAUGACUCCAGUUUUUCCCCUGUGGCCCCUUGAACAAAACAGUUUUUCCCAAAUUAUAAUUCUUUUUUUUAUUAAGGUGAGCAGGGUGGUUGGGGAGAGAGAAACAUUUGACUUUGUUUGACUGGCUCCCCCAUUCUUUGCUGUGAGCUGGGAAGUGUGCAGUUGGUGGUCUUUCGUCUUUCUUCAGGACAGUAGGAGACUCAUUCACUGCACUUCUGCUCAGGUGGCUUCUGCAUCGGGACCUCACAGCCAUCAGCAAAGCUGCUCAGUUGGUGAGCACACUCCAUUGACCACGUGGUGCCAGUGCUUCCUCAAUGCACGAUUGAGAGAAAAGAAAGUUCUCUUAGAUGUUUCUGCUUUUGCUCAGACUUUGCAAAAAAAAAAUAUAUAUAUAUGUAUAAAUAUAUAAUUAUUUACUUUUGUCCUUGAGAAAGUCUUGAAUGAACAGAGAAUUUAUUCCAUUGCAAUAUUUGAUUGUAUAGAGGCACACUGUUUGAUCAACAGAAGAAGCAGAAAGGCUUUGUGUAAGUUUUUGGUACUAUGUACCACCUCUGUUAUUCUUCUAAAGCUGAAGUAUUCAUGUACUUAAACCAUAUGAUAUUUAAUUGUGUUUGAUUUAAAAAAUAUAUAUAUAUAUAUGAAUU